AUGGUCGCCUCUGCGAAGGAUGAACAGGAUCAAGAAGAUAUAUUAUCGAGAAAAGGUUUUGAUGUUCCGGAUACCAUAUCUGGACGUCACGAGUUGGACUCUGCUCUCGUGCAGAUUUGCAAACAUCGACCUAUCCUCCAGCUCCCCGAUGAACCUACUAUUGGCAAAGCGCUGCGCCUUGCACUGAGCUCACUCGUGCAGUAUCACAAGAACGGCGACUCUGCACGAUUUCCACCACGGUCAUGGUCACUUCUGAAGAGGACGAAGAGGAUACAUUAUGUUUUGAUGUUCGGCAUACCAUAUCUGGACGUCACGAGUUGGAUUCUGCUCUCAUGCAAAUUUGCAAACUUCGGCCCAUCCUCCACCUUCGCAUUGUUGCACUGA